CAGGCCUCACACAUUCAUAGAGAAACACUAAAAGGAGGAGCAUGGGCAAGAGGAGAGGCCCUUUAACCCGAAGGAGCGAUGAGUUUUGAGAGGAUGGAAAAUAAAAGCUAGUGAGAAGAGGAAAAUCAAAAACCAGAGCCAUGACGUGGAGGAGCCCCCUGGCCCUGAUGAGGGACGCUCUGCGAGGUCAGAGGGCCCGGGAGAAGGACCUCCGCAACCUGGUGUCCAACCUGCCUUAUGAGGGACUGGAGAAAGCGAAGCAACCCAACCGCCACUUCCCAUCAAACGCCAUCAAAACCACCAAAUACACCCUCCUCCUCUUCAUCCCCAUGAACCUCUUUGAGCAGUUUCACCGUCUGGCCAACAUCUACUUCGUGGGGUUGGCUAUUCUGAACUUUAUCCCAGUGGUGAACGCCUUCCAGCCUGAAGUAGCUCUGAUCCCCAUCUGUGUCAUCUUGUCUCUGACGGCCUUGAAGGACGCAUGGGAGGACUUCAGGAGGUACCAGUCGGACAGGAAGCUCAACAACACGCCGUGUCUCAUCUACAGCAGGAAGGAGAAGCAGUUUAUGGAGAGACGCUGGAAGGAUGUGCGAGUGGGAGAUUUUGUGAAGGUGGUUUGCAAUGAGAUCGUCCCUGCAGAUCUGCUUCUUCUCCACACAUCAGACCCAAACAGUGUGUGUCACAUAGAAACAGCCAACCUGGACGGAGAGACCAACCUGAAGCAGAGGACGGUGGUUUCUGGGCUCCUGAAUUCUGAAUUCGAACCCGAAAGCUUCAGUGGUAUUGUGGUGUGCGAGAAGCCCAACAACAACCUGAAUCAUUUCAAGUGUUACGUAGAGAAACCUGAUAAGGAGAGGGCAGGCGCUGGGAUCGAGAGUCUGCUGCUGAGAGGCUGCACAGUGAGAAACACAGACCAUGCUGUUGGCUUUGUGGUUUAUGCAGGCCACGAAACCAAGUCCAUGCUCAACAACAACGGGCCUAGAUACAAGCGCAGCAAACUGGAGCGGAAGCUGAACAUAGACGUCAUCUUCUGCGUCAUUCUGCUCUUCACCAUGUGUCUCGUCGGAGCACUAGGUCACUUCUUAUGGCUGCAGGCGCUGCCUGGCAUCCCUCCUUACCUGGUCCCCGACAGCAGCGGUCACCUGGACAGUCCCAGUCUGUCUGGUUUCUACAUGUUCUUCACCUUGAUCAUCCUGCUGCAGAUCCUGAUUCCCAUCUCUCUCUACGUGUCCAUUGAGUUGGUCAAGAUCGGUCAGAUCUUCUUCGUCACUAAUGACACUGACCUGUUCGAUGAGGAGACCGAUAGCCGUAUACAAUGUAAAGCUCUGAACAUCACAGAGGACCUGGGACAGAUUGAAUAUGUCUUCUCAGACAAGACUGGAACCCUCACCGAGAACAAGAUGGUGUUUCGGCGAUGCUCCAUCAUGGGUACCGAGUAUCCACACAAAGAAAACGUGUGCUUUAGAUCAGUACAUUGCUGGGAUAUUCUUCUUCUGCCAGGUUUCUGCAGUCAUCUUAUCAGCCAGUAUUUUGGUAUCUCCAUAAAUGCUUAUGGCGCCAUCCAUAAAUCUAUCCGCCUAGCUGUCCUUGGUGAACCAGAGUCAGAGGAAGAGGUCAUCUUCGACCAGCGUCCACAAUCCCUGCAGACUGGUUGGUCCCUGGAUGCUGAGGACACAAACCCCCGAGACACCACACAGCGCCGUGGCAGUCGACACAGGAGCAAGGUCACGGGAAUUGCUCAGAGCGAUGUGGCCUUCAGCAGUCCACUGGAAACUGAGGUGAUUCCAGACAAGAAGCUGCUUCAGCAGAUUAGCAGGGCAGAGAGCAGCAGCGGCAGCAGGAAGACAGAUCCCUACCUGGACUUUUUUCUGGCUCUUGCCAUUUGCAACACAGUGGUGGUUUCCAUGGCAACAGCUCAGAGACGGAGGGUGAGUGUGUCUCCACGCUCCUGCCACAGCACUAAUCUGCUGGAAAGGUUGUCCAGUCUGGUGAAAAACUCCGGCUCUUCAUGCUGCAAGCGCAAGCCCGAGAGGAACCGCACAUUUUCAGAGAGCUCAGUUGUAGAGGAGGAUCAUUUUCAUCCCUCUGUUAAGAUGGAGAGGAAUGGGGGCGGCUAUGGGCUCCAGACAUGCUCCCUCCAUGCUGCAUCACAGAGCGACAAGGCUGUGGCACCCUCAGAUAAUCUGAGGUAUGAGGCAGAGAGUCCAGAUGAGGCCGCCUUGGUUUACGCAGCCAAGGCAUAUGGCUUCAUUCUGCUGGCCCGCACCCCUGACAGCGUGACGGUGAGGCUGCCGUCUGGGGAGGACCUGGUGUUCAAGGUGCUGGACACCUUGACCUUUGACUCCAACAGGAAGAGAAUGUCUGUUUUGGUGCAACACCCAAUCACCAAAGAGUAUGUGCUGUACACUAAAGGAGCAGACUAUGCCAUCAUGGAGCUACUUGGUACGCCUUAUGCAGAGGCUCUCAGUGGUAAACAGAAGAAUACAGCAGCUGAUACUCAGCAUCACCUUGACUGUUAUGCCAAGGAAGGGCUCCGAACACUGUGUGUUACAAAGAAGGUUGUGAGUGCAAAAGUGUAUGAAAGCUGGUCAGUGGACAGACAGAGAGCGCUGGCUGCUAUAGAUAACAAAGAAGAGCUCAUCAUGGAUACUGCUGUGCAACUAGAGACAAACCUGUCUCUGCUAGGGGCAACCGGCAUCGAGGACCGACUCCAGGAGAACGUCCCCGACACCAUCAUGGCUCUGAGGGAGGCUGGGAUCCAGGUGUGGGUUCUGACCGGUGACAAACCAGAAACAGCUGUCAACAUUGGCUAUGCCUGCAGGCUACUGGAAGAGGAAGACCUGGUGAUUAACAUGAGCUGCAGAAGCAAGAUCACGUGCACAUCCAUCCUGGACUGCACCCUGGAGGAAGUGAGGAGAUACGGCGAAGACCCUCGUAACGUGGACACAUGCCCGGACAUCGCUCUGGUGAUUGAUGGACGCACCCUGACCAUGGCUCUGUCACCAGACCUGCAGGAGCGCUUUGUGGAUCUGGCCAAGCGCUGCCGCUCUGUGCUCUGCUGCAGAGUCACACCUUUACAGAAGAGCAGAGUGGUGAAAGUGAUCAGGGAGAAACUCAAGGUCAUGACGCUCGCUGUUGGUGAUGGUGCAAAUGACGUCAACAUGAUCCAAGCAGCUGAUAUUGGCAUUGGGAUAUCUGGUCAGGAGGGGAUGCAGGCGGUUAUGGCCAGCGAUUUUGCCAUAUCUCGCUUCAGACACCUGAAAAAACUUCUCCUGGUCCACGGACACUGGUGCUACACUCGACUGGCCAAUAUGAUAAUUUAUUUCUUCUACAAGAACGUGGCUUAUGUGAACCUGCUGUUCUGGUAUCAGUUCUUCUGCGGAUUCUCCGGCACGGCUAUGAUCGACUACUGGCUGAUGAUUUUCUUCAACCUUUUCUUCACCUCUGCACCUCCCAUCAUGUUUGGGAUCAUGGACAAAGAUGUUUCUGCAGAGGUGCUGCUGGGAGUUCCUGAGCUGUACAGGACUGGACAGGGUGCAGGGGAAUACAAGUUUUCAACAUUCUGGGUUUCCAUCCUUGAUGCUUUCUAUCAGAGCCUGGUGUGCUUCUUUAUUCCAUAUUUGGCUUACCAGGAUUCAGACAUUGAUAUUUUUACCUUUGGAACUCCUCUGAACACAAUUUCUUUAUUUACCAUCCUGCUGCAUCUGUCAAUAGAGAUCAAAGCCUGGACGGUGGUCCACUGGGUGAUCAUGCUGGGCAGUGUGGCGUUGUACUUCGUUGUGACGCUCGCCUACAGCGCCAUCUGCGUCACCUGUAACCCUCCAUCCAACCCGUACUGGAUCCUCCAGAGCCAGAUGGCCGACCCCAUGUUCUACCUUAUCUGCCUCAUCUCCACUGUGGUGGCUCUACUGCCCAGGUACACGUUUCACGUGAUGAGGAACUCUAUCACCCCCUCCCCGAUCGUACAAGCGAGGCAUCUGGACCGACUGGACCACUCCGAGAGAGAACAAUGGAUCAAGGAGUGGAGGAGCUUCAGGGGCGGAGGUCAAGUGAAACGCUCCAGGCUGUCAACCCCACCCUCUCCCAGCCUGGAGACCCCUGCAGACCUUUUUCCAGAGUCUCCCACCACUGCUGAGAUCAUGGGGGAUGAUUUCACACUGAAUGUCAUCAGUGAAAACUAUCAGAGGCCUGUGCACACAUAAGAAAUGGAGGCAACUUGAUGGAAGAAAGAGCACUGUGAUGAUUAUUUAUUCAAAAAAAAAAAAUGUAAAUAUGUGAACUGACUCAUGAGAGGAUGUAUCCCAGGAUAGAGUAAUGUUUCAUUUUGGAAAGGCAGUCAGAGAGAAACACUCUUCCCCUAUGACUGGAGUCUAUUUCGCAAUAAACUACUCACAGCCCUCUUCUCCUUGCUCUCCUCAUAACAAAGUAACACAUAAGCCUGUUACUUUCCUGAUGGGUUUUCAGCACACAGUGGUAACCCAAUUAGUCAUGCCACCCACCCCUCCAAAAAGUGGCACUUUUCCAGGACAAAAUGCUUAGCUGGUUUAUAUAUAUUCCUCUCACCUAGAUACCUUAACAGGCAGACAGGCAAAAACGUGUGGUUUACAGGUUAUUUAUUUAAUUUCCCUGCAUUAUUUGUCUUUUUUCUGGGCUGGUCUGUGAGUAGUUUUGUGUAUGUUGUGCAUAGCUAUUAAAAAAAAAAAAAAAAAAAGCCAUGGAAAUACA